AUGCCCUUCACACCGCCAUCUCAGCAGCAGCCCCGCUUUGCUCAAUACGCCAGCAACAACAUCAAUAAUAACACAUCGCCGCCACCAUCUCAGCACGCGAUGCAUCCUUCGCAAUACAAUACCUCGCCUAAUUCACUUCUAGGUCCACACGUUCCGGCUCCAUGUCGCCAGCUACACCCCCCAAAGGUUCCUCUUUACAGGCCAGCUGUUCUCCGCUCGAUCGAGCGGCCGAUUAGGACAGCGAGAGGCGAUCCUUUGACUCCGCCAGCGAGUUCGGCCGCUUCUGUAAAUGAAGACUAUGUUAGCGAUGUCGAGUACAAGACCGGUGUCGAUUUCCGGGGAUUCGGUUACGGAAAUGCUGGGUUCAAUAUUGCAGAUCUGGGGGAAAUUGAGGACGACGACGUACAAGUUACUGCUGAGCCAGAUAGAGGACACUGGAAGCCUGACGCCGAAGCCGAAACCUGUGAUGCACCAAUGUGUGUAAGAAGAUUCACCAUCUACCACCGAAAGCAUCAUUGUCGUCGCUGCGGAAACAUCUUCUGCUACGAGCAUGUCGGCCACAUUAUUCCCCUGAGCAAGAACGCUCGUUUCCACGCUCAAGGAUAUCCAUCCAAGGCAUGCGACAAUUGCUUCAACGACUACAAGCGUGUGCUUGCCGCGAAACGAUCCGACUCUUUAAGUUCCAGUACAAGUAGCAGCUCUACUCUUAGCAAUAACAAUCACCCUAGUAGCCCGAUUGUCGGAAUCAAGGCCAUCAGUGGUCACCGCGGAAUUGAGAGCGGACUUGGCGCCAAAGUCGGAAGCUAUGUCGGCAGCGUACCUCGCGACUGGAGCUGGAGCACAUUCUAG